GCCGUCCUCCUACUCGUCCAGCGGCAGCAACUGGUCGUCCAUGGUGUCAGAGACCUGCAGCGCCAGCUCGGCGCCGACCCCAGAGGCCCACCAGGCGCCGGCCGCCGGAGGCGCUCGGCUCAUCGGGUGGAUCCUCGGGGCGGGCCUGCGGACGCUGGCCUCCAUGGUCAAGGGUACCGAGCUCAUCCGGGCCGCCUCGGUUGAGUGGCUGGCCACCUCCGGCGACCUCCGCCACGUCGAGAGCGCGUCGUUGUCCGACGACGCGGGGCACAGGGAUGAUCCAGCGGACUUGGCCGACCAGGAGGCGGGCAGCAGGAGAUCUUCGGAGGCGCACGACCACACGUCGGAGCCCGAGGGGGCUCAGGACAUUCACUGCCCCUGCGGCGGUCCCGAUGGGUGA